AUGCUAAUCCGCAGCGCAGUGGUCCUUGCGGUGAUCUCGCAGGUGGCGAGGUGCAUCCCCGUGGGCGCGGACGACGUUGGCCAAGAGUGCGUGUUUGGCGGGUCCGACGGGUUCGCCAGGAUCGGCCGGUCCAAGGCUUCGUGUUCGUCCCUGGUCAUCUCGGCCAUGAAGCUCUCCGCCGGGCAGACUCUGGAUUUGACAAACCUCCAAGAUGGUGCAACUGUCAUUUUCCGUGGAACCACAAGCUUCGACCAUGCAGAUGGUGGCGGCCAUGUAUUUUCAAUUUCUGGUUCGAGGAUAAAUAUCCAUUGUGACCAGGACUGUACGCUCGACGGGCCAGGAGCUAAGGGCCAGGCCGGCGUCGGCAAGUCAGGGUCUUUGUUCCACCUCGAGAACCUCGUCGACUCCUCGAUCGUAGGCCUCAACAUCAAGAACGCACCCGCGCAUGGACUUUUGCUCAACAAUGUGCAGAACCUGUCCAUAAAGAAUGUGAGCAUUGAUGGUGAUGCUGGCGGUGGUCUCGGUAGAGACGUUGCUGGUUUCACAAUCUCGAACAGCAGCAACGUGUUCAUCGAUGCGUCAGUGGUGCGGGGACAGGACAGCUGCGUGGCUGUGGAAAGUGGGAGCAAUAUUGAAUUCACCAACGGCCUCUGCUCCAGCGGCAACGGCAUCACCAUCGGCCCGGCCGGCAAGUCCACGACCGCCAUCUCCAACAUCACCGUUUCCGACACCACCAUCCAAAAGGCCCAGGUGGCCGCCAUUCAGGUGCAGAGCUACCCGGGCGGCACAGGCUCCAUCAAGAACGUCACGUUCCGCAACAUCAUCAUCGACGGCGGCGGCGCUCCCGGGUCUGGAAUAGUGAUCAACCAGGCCUUUGAGAGCAGGGAUCCGGCCGCCACGCCGCCGAACGGCGUCACCAUAUUCAACCUGGCGAUGCGGAACGUCACGGGGACGGUGGGCGGCGGCGCUGCUGAUGUCUCCAUCAGAUGUGGGCUGGGUGACUGCCAUGACUGGACCUGGGAGGACGUGAGCGUGACUGGUGGCGGCAAGGCGGGUGACUGUGUCAAUCUUCCCAAGGGCGUCUCUUGCUGA